UCACGGGUGGUGAUCACCCCGGGCAGAUGAUGUUCGAACGUGGUUGUGGACACACUCACUCGUGACUCUCAUUUCUUCCCUCGGACCCUCGCGGAACACCCCGGGUUCACUUUCUCCGUCGAACCGCUGGAAUAUGUGAACAUUUCUAUUCUCGGUUUCUUUCGUUCAUUUCGAUACUUUGUGUGCCUCGAGGGAAUUUAAGAUAAUCGCGAGUGCAUUGCCGAUCGAUCUGUUCAGCCACCUGUGAACAAUGUUUUGAAGAGAAAUCAGAAUCAAUGAGAACCACAUGACACUGAUGACAACCCGACAUGAAGUACCUAAAGAUUUCGCUCUUUCUGUUCAACCUCCUAAUAUGGUUGGCUGGGUUCAUGGUGGUAGUUAUUGGCGUGUGGCUGUUGCUCGAGCCCAGCAAUGGACACCUGCUGAAUCUAUUUGUGCGGAGUACAUCGCCCCACUACACUGUUCAUAUAGUUGCAUAUAGCCUACUUGGAUUGGGAUUCAUUGUCCUCACAGUCGGGUUUGUAGGAUGUAGAGCGUCAUUGUAUGGAAGCCAGUGCAUAAUAACUGUGUACAUAGCAGCUCUGGUGGUGCUCAUAAUAACAGAAUUAGCGACCGCAGCAGUCGGGGGUUUUUUAGCUUACCGGGGCAUAUCCGGGUUAGAGGAGAGAUUAGUCGAGAGACUUGGGGAUCACUACGGACAUGAUCCAUCUAGUGACAUCGCAUUCACGCAGAGUCUCGAUUAUUCACAAUAUAAGUUCAAUUGCUGCGGGAUUCAUGGGGAUAGCGAUUAUAAUGGCACUGCCUGGUGGAGAGACUUCAGGGUGACAGGAAUCAAUAGAAGAGUCCCUCUCACUUGCUGUAUACUCAAGAAUCACGAAUUUCUUUCAGGGUUUUCAGUUUUUUCUUUCAUAGUAAAAAAUGCUGGAAGUCCUAUGAGUGUAGUUUCCCGGGUCUUUCACAAAGAUAAUGAAAAACCGUGGGUAGUGCCGCAGCCCAAGGAUGAGGCUGCCUGUCAAUCUGACGAUCCAGUGGCGCAGUUGGGGUAUCGUCACAAAGAGGGGUGUAUGCACAAAGUUGCGGCUUGGGUGCAAUUUGAGAGCUUGAAGCUCGUUUUUACGGGGCUAAUAAUGGCAGCAAUCCAGACUAUCGGUAUCGUUGUAUCAACACUGAUGUGCAAAACAAUGAGAGAUGUGCAAAAUGAUGGAUAACAAAAGGAAGAGCCCAUCUCAUUCACAUAAUGGUGGUACACCUAGUUCUGAUGGCCGUCCUGCAGAUGUAUGAUAUGAUAUCAUAGUGGAAAUUUCAUGUUCUGGCCAGCAAUGUGAAUUGAAAUGGCAAACAAUUCGUGUUGUAAAAAUGAGAAUAACAAGCCGCGGAAAUUCGAGUAGAACCUAUAACGAACUUUACCCAGGGAAACAAAAAAUGUAAACAGAACCCCAAAGCCGACGAAUAUUCCCACACGAGCCACUUGACCGUCAAUUUCUCCAACGAUAACAAUGAAAUGUCGUGAGAGUUUAACAAAAUAAUGUAGAGUCGAUUGUGUUGUGAACGAAUGACUUCAUUUGAUAGCUUUUUUCUCGCGAAUAAUUGACUCGAAUGGAAUUCGCUUCAAUAGUAAAGCGUCAAUUUCAUUACUGACUUGAAUUCCUCCUUGUUGAUUGAUAAUAUUUAUCAUUGCCUGCGACAUUUUACUAUUUUUUGUACAUAAAAUUGAUUAUUAGGAAUGUUCAAAUAAUUCGGAUGCACUAGAUUAACCCUGAAAAUUAAGGAAUAAAUCCAAACAAAUUUUGGAAGUUGAUGACAAAUAAUGUAGAAAGAUAUUAAAUCAGAGAUCAUAAUUCAUAAUUCAAUUCUCAAUGAUUUAUAAUUCCACGAGAGAUAUUUACUGCAGUAAAUUAGAUAUCUCAUGUGACAAAAUUUAGCAAAAAUAUGUUUCUUGACAUUUUUCAUAAUAUAUAAAAAACACUGUCGCGAGGAAUGAAUGAAUCUCGACGGGAAAUCGUAAUUACGAGGAGCGAAUAGUGAAACAAAUCGCUAAUAAUGAAAGUUUCAAGCUACAGAUGCUGAAAAAAGAGAAAUAAUAAACACAAAAUAUUUUUAAUAAAAUUCUACUUCAAAUGAAAAAUGGAUAAAUUGAUUGCGCAUAUAUUUUUUUAAAGCAGUUAUUAUGCUGGAUUUUUUUAAUGCAUUUGAUUUACUGUAAUAUAGAUGAAGAUUAAUGCGUAUUCUAUGUGUACAGAGAAUUUAGAGUUUCAUUAAGUGUUGGUUGGAUCUCUCUGAGACAGAGGUUAAAUGUAACUAUAUAAACGCAUGUGUAAAGGUAAGAAAAUAAAUCGUUCUUCGUGUAAAAAUGUAA